AAAAAUAUUAUGAAGGAGAAUGAAAGAAUUUUAUGAAAAUUUCAAUUGAAUUCGAAAAUUUCUGACACAAUUAAACCAACGUGUGGGCGGUUAAAAUGAAUAUAUAUAGCGAAGUGAAUUAAAACCCCGUUGUCGUUGAAAAGUUGAACCUAAUUUGAAUGAGUGCAGAGAAACGCGCGUUUCCGCAAUGGAGAUUCUCUACAAGAAGCUCUACGACAAGUACACCAAACUCAAGACUAAGAAACUCUCUGAUCUGGAUCACAUAAAUAAAGAACAAGAGCUUAAAUUCAUCAAUUGCAUCUCCGCUGCGGAAGAGUUAAUAGAGCACUUGAAGAGCGAAAAGGAAGAGCUUCUUGAACAAGUCAAUGAUUUGAGAACUGAGCUGGCUUCAAUUAGGACUGCCACAGACAAACAGGUUGCUGAUUAUCAGAGGCUCUUGAUGGAGGAAAGCCAGAAAAAUGAAGUGCUUUCUGAAGAAAUUGAGAAAUUGCUGAGGCUUCGUCAGGAAGGAACAUCUCAAGAUUUAAAUAAUAACAGUAAGAUCAUGACCGUUGAUGAUAAUUCUAACUCUGACAGUUUAAGAAUGACAAGAAAACGUAAAAGGCAGAAUGCUUUGGAGAAAGAAGCAAGGCUUAUAUCUUUUGAGAAUGAAGGUAAUUCUGUAGAGAGAGAGUCAAUGCAAAGUGCUUCCAAGGAGACUGCUUCUGGUGAGCUGCUGGAGUGCUGCACCAAGGCUAAUGGUCAAUCAGGCAUUGAUUUACAGGAAAGUGAUCGUGGUAACUGGCUUACUCAAGUUCUUUUUGAGCAUGCACUGGGCAUGAAAUUAUCCACUGACUAUCAAACUGGACAGAUAUGCCUUUUGUCUGCACUGCAUCAAUCAAGUGGUUACUCCUUCAGUUUAUCUUGGAUUAGCAAAUCACCAGGAGAAGAUUCAGAGCUCCUGUACCAUGUUUUAUCUCUAGGCACAUUUGAAAGAGUGGCACCAGAAUGGAUGAGGGAGGACAUUAGGUUCAGCCCUAGCAUGUGCCCCAUCUUCUUUGAAAGGGUAUCUCAUGUUAUAAAGUUGAACCACUAGCAUUGAUUCAAUCCCCCCUCCUUUGAAUGUGGAUUUACUGUAUAUAUUUUCUGCUUAAUUUUUAUUUUGGAGAAUAUUAAGUUGUGUUUUGUGUGUAAACUUGCUUGUUUCUCUCCAAUUCCUUUUCAUAUGCCUUUUGCAAAUUCAAAGGAUUUGUAAGGGUAUUUGGAAGAGCUUUUCUACAGAGCUUUUUAUGGACUGUUGGAAAAUACUAACCAGCUACGUUUAUUUGUUAGAAUUUUAA